CGCCUCCCUCCCGUCCCAGGCUUUCCUCCUUGGCAUUUGUGGCGCCAGCGUGUCUUUUCAUUCACACCCCACCAGCCCGGCACUACGGAAAAAAAGGGCGCCAUUAGGGGCGCUAAUACUAUCCUAAUCAUGGAGCAGCGCAGCGCAGUUUCAGACAAAAGUGAGUGAGCAGAACAAGGCCACCUUCCUUCCCCUUGUUCCAGGCUUCCAGCAGCAACUCCUUCUGCCUCCCCAACAAGGUUCCAGAAAGGAAGACACAGAAGAUCAUGCCUUGUCAAACUGCAAUGGAUGCGGCAAGUGCAGCCAGGAGUAGCCAAGGCAAGGGUGCUGCCGCCGCCAAGAAGAAGAUGAGCAGAGGAGCUGCGAAGAAGACGACGACUCAGCCAUCGUGGAUGGCCGUGGGGCUGGGGUUCUACCAUUCGUCCUCCUCCGGCAAGAACAGAGCGCAGCCGGCGGCGGCGGCGGCAGCGGCAGAAGGAAAGAACAUUGACGAUGACAAGAGCAGCAGCAGCACCAGCAAGAAGAAGAGGAGCAUCAUCAUCAGCCGGAGCAUGACCUGCGCGAGGUCCAUCUGCAGCACCAAGGAGAGCUCCGUGCUGAGCCGCCGCCGGGACCAGGACACGGACCGCGCCGCCGCUCGCAGCGCCUCGAGCAGGUCGCUCAGAGCUCCCGACGUCGUCGACGCCGCCGACGCAACGUACGCCGCCUCCGCCGCGGCCGUCUCCGCGACGUCGUCUUUCAACUCGGAGGCCACGGCGGCGACCUCCUCGUCGGCCACCGCCACCUCGGCGUCCUCGCCGCUCUCGUCGCCGUCGUCGUCGUCGUUCGGGAGCUCCUUCCGCGGGGUGCAGCAGAUCAGGAAGCUCUCCGGGUGCUACGAGUGCCACUCCGUCUUCGACCCCAGGAGCCUCGCCGCUGCCGCCGCCGCCGCCGCCUUCCCGUGCGCCGACUGCGACGAGGUGUUCGGCAAGGCCGAGUCCCUCGAGCUCCACAGAGCAUCCAGGCAUGCAGUUUCAGAGCUGGGGCCCGACGACACGAGCAGGAACAUCGUGGAUAUCAUCUUCCAGUCGAGCUGGCUGAGGAAGCAGGAGGCGCCCGUGUGCAAGAUCGACAGGAUCCUCAAGGUCCAGAGCAGCGACAGGACGGUGAGGAGGUUCGAGGAGUACAAGGAGAGCAUCAAGGAGAGGGCGAGAAGCGGCGAGGGCCGGAAGAACAACCCCCGGUGCGUCGCCGACGGCAACGAGCUCCUCAGGUUCCACUGCACCACGUUCACCUGCUCCCUCGGCGCCGCCGGCGGCACCGCCCUGUGCCGGGCGCCGCUGGCACAGUGCAAGCUGUGCAGCAUCGUCAGGGACGGCUUCAGGGUCGACGGUGACGGGAAGAUUGCAACAAUGGCGACGAGUGGGCAUGCGCAUGACAUGGCGCAGGUGUCGUCUGACGGCGAGAAGAAGGCGAUGCUGGUGUGCAGGGUGGUUGCGGGGAGGGUGAAGAAGACCGGUGACAGGAAAUCUUCAGAGGACAGUGAGUGUGACUCUGUCAGCCCCAGCUCAGAGGGGGUCUGCUCAGAUUUGGAUGAGCUCUUCCUGUUCAAUCCUAGAGCUAUACUGCCAUGCUUCGUAGUCAUAUACCAAGUUAUCGCCAUUAGGGCAACUUAGUUAAAUUUAGCUAGUGUUUCUUCUGCUCUAUGUUCAACCUGUUGUUGCUUCCUUUGUACUUUCUGUUCAUCAGCUCAGAAAAGCAUAAUGUUCGGUUGCAAAAUA